UGCUGUGGUGGUCUAUGAUUGUGGAGUGGAAAGGGAAGGGAUUCGGUUCUGCUGAUUUGUUUGGGUAAUACAUAGAUUUAUAUAGGUACAAAUUAAAAAUGUUUGCUGUGAACAAUAAGUAGGCCUAAUAUUUGAUAUAGUUUUUAAAAGUUGACAUUACAAAGUGAGACUCGUAGAAAUUAAAAUAUACUUUGAUUACGUCGUAAUUACCUGUGAUUUAAGCGUCAUGGAAAAAAAUAAAUCGUCUGAAGAUCUCCCUCCAUCUUCUGUAGUAAUGGCAGAAAAAGAUGUAACAUCUAGUUCUUCUGGAACACAACCAACUUUAAUGUUUGGAAGUAGUGCUACAAUAGGAAAAAUAGAAACUAAAUCAGCACUUUUUGAAUUUGGAAACUCACCUGUAAAACCUGACUUAAGUUCUGGGUUCAAUAGUGCUGAUAGCACUAACGAUGAAGAUUUUUUCACCACAAAAGAAGCAGUUCAAAGUGCCAUUGAAGUAAUGGAUCGGGGUGUUCAAGAUGAGGAAGAAGAUAAAAUAUGCAGUGGUAAGAGUAAAGAUGAAGAGGAUAACAGUCGUGGAAAAGAAAUUGAAAGCAAAGAAGAUAGUACCAAGAAUGUUGAGGUUAUUGAAAGCAACUCUUUAGAAACCAAAGAAACUGAAAGUAAUUCUUCUUAUUUGUCUAAGGAAAAUAAAGAAGGAACCCAACAAUUAGGAAGUAAUAUUAAAAAAGACAUCCCCAUAAAUGAUAAACAAGACAAAAAUGGUUUAGAAAACCUUUUGCAAAGAGAAAGUACUGAUGAUGAUAAAUUAAAAGAAAAUAUUUCUGUUGAUGACAAAUCUCUGAAGGCGUCUUCGGAAAAAGAAGACAGCGAAUUAAUUGAAAGUGAAUGUAGUGAAACUAAGAAUAUCACUAAUUCAGGAGACACUCAGGAGAUAUUAAUAGAUACUACUGAGGAUGAGAGUAAGUCAGAUCAAAAUAAAAAAGUAAAGAUUGAUGUUGAUGAAAAUAAAGAUAACAAACAAGAAUGUGAAACAUCGAAUGUUGUUAUUGUUUUAAGUGGUACUGAACAACCAGAAAAUAAUUGUGAGGUCAAGGAACAUAAAGACUUGGAAAGUCAUACUAGUACCAAUUUGAAUGAAGAUACAUCAAUUGAUGUUAAUGAUAAAACACCCAAUGAUACUCUGAUAGUUACACAAGCAAUAGAAGACAUAAAAAUUUCUCCAAGUGUAACCGAAAGUUGUACCUCAAAUGCAGAAGUCAUGGAUAUUGAAACACAUUCCAGCCCACCUCCCAAGGUAGAAGAAUUUGUUGAGAAAACUGAAGAUGGCAGUGAGAUUGCUAUAACUCUUGAAAAUUUUGAGGUUUCAGUUUUUGAAGAAGGUUCUACUGAUCAUUUAGCAACAGGAAUAUUAGAAUUGUUAAAGGAUGAAAAUGGUAAAAAUGUAUCAAUUGAAUCAAAACCAACAGAGAUGGCAACCAAGGAGAAAAUUGAUGAAUUUAAACUAGAUGAAGCUGUUUCAAGUUCUGAAGAGGAUUCUGAUGCAGGUUCUAAUUUAAAAGAAACUACUGCUGAAAUUGAUUCAUCUAAACAGGAAGUGGAUAAAGAUAGCAGUAAACACGAUGCAUUUAAACUAGAUGAUGGUGUGGUAAGUUCAGGCGAUGAAAUUGAAGAACAGGUUGUUCAUAAUACUAAAGAAAACCCCAACUCUGACGAAAACCUAAUGAAUCAAACCAAGGAAAGUGAUGCAGAGGUUGAAUUGAUGGAAGUUGAAGAUAAAGUUUCUGAGAAAACAGAAAUUGAAUUGAUGGAAGUUGAAGAUAAAGCUUCUGAGAAAGAACUAAGCAUCUUAGAGACAGAAGAGCCAUUAGUUACCAUUAUGGCUAUUGACAAAAAGGAUUCAAUUGAAGAGGAUGAAAUCAAUGAAAAUUAUGUUGGUGGAUCAGUUUCAUCAAAGUCAAUAGAGGAAAGUACAACAGGUAUACAAACUAGUGUUGAUGGAAAAAGUUCAGAAGAGAAACAAGAUUCGUUAUCAAAGUCUGUCAGCAAUGAAACUGAAAUCGCAGAAUGUCUAAUAUCUGAAUCAACCGAUGAAAAUGCUGACAAAAAGCAGUCAGAUGAUGAGCUCUCUGACACCAGUGCUAACGCUGACUUAAUUGAUUUAAUGCGUUCAGCAUUAGCCAACAAUGAAGAGUUCAGAAGAAACUUUUCUUUAGAACUGGAAGAACCUUCGUGUGACAAAGAAGGAUCAGAAGAUUGUAGUAAAGCCGAUGAAUCAACUGCUAAAGAAACUGAGGUUAUCAGUUUAGUGGAUGAUGAUGAAGAUGAGAGCAACCGAAGAAAGAAACCCGCAGCUGCAUUAAAAUGUGUGAACCCAAAUUGCAUGUCUGGGGAGGGCUUGGAAAAGACAGCCAUGUUUGUGCUGACAUACUUUGGGCUCAAACGUGCAAAGGACCAACAAGUCUGUGAGGAGUGCUUCAACAUAGUUAUGGAACACCAAGAGAAACUGGCUGGCUUGCUGAAGGAAGGAAAGCCGCUCUUCUCAGCAGAUUUUCCAAGCCAUAGAGAUGUUAUUCUGCUGGAUUCAGAUGAGGAGAGCAUCUCAGAUAAUGAGAGCGUACUGUCAGAAGACACAAUGCAGAUGAUCCACGACAACCUGGACGAUGUGAUUGCUGAGUCACUGGCCAAUUUUGGAUUGGACCAUCAAAUUCGGGAGUCCUGUGACUAUCUCAACAAUAUGGUUGAUCGGCUGGAGGAUGAAGCGAGUGAUUUAAACAAGAGAUUCAAUGAGGUACAGAACACCCUGGACCAAUUUCGUAAACAGAUUUAUAAAGACUACGAGAAUCCUAUUGAGGAAAUCGGAGAAUUACACUUCACUGAUUGUGAAAUCCCUCCGAUGCCCAUAUUGAAGUCCAAGUUGCAGAACCAAAUCUACAAUAGAAAUCUGAUGAAUAAAAUGAGGAAAUCUCAAGAAGAUAAGGAUGCGGCGAACAGUUCCCGACAAAACAGUUCAGCAACAAAAACGAUAGCAACCAAGAAGGUUGGGCAAGUGUCACAGUCUUCAUACGAGAAUGUGACACAAGACGUCAUCGCUCUCCAUUCUGAGCAAAGGUGUGAUCCUCCCCGUUCCCUACCGCCACCAGGACCCUUGAUCCGCUCCAAGCUGAGGGUGGGGGAUCUCGCCUACACUAUGAAAGUCAGCUACUUCAGCAUCUGGGUGCUGUGUCGAGUCCUAGAGGUCAUCCCGAGAGUUGCCACUGAGAAUGACUCAUCCACGGAAACAUACCGUGUCCGACUGGAGAACGUUAAGAAGACGCAAGCACGUGUGGUUACUGGCAAAUACCUCGCUUACCACAAUCCGUCCAGAGUGCAGCUGAAGGUAGGGACAAGGGUCAUAGCUAUCUUCCGCGAGGAGGAGGAGUUGCCUGGCACCAAGAGCAACUAUUACGUGGGUGUCAUCGCUGAACCACCUAAGAGCACCAACAAGUACAGGUAUUUGGUUUUCUUUGACGACGGCUACACCCAAUACUGCCCCCACGACAAUAUCCUGGUAGUCUGUCACACCAGCCGCAACGUGUGGGAGGAUAUCCACCCGGAGCCGCGGGACUUCAUCAAGAACUACCUACAGCAGUAUCCGGAACGGCCUAUGGUCAAAAUGAGUCGUGGUCAGGUCGUCAAGGUAGAAUGGAAUGGGCGGUGGUGGAUCGUGAGAGUGCUGGAAGUGGACGCUUCACUGGUCAAGGUACACUUUGAUGCUGACAAGCGCACAGAGUGGAUCUACCGUGGAUCGACGAGACUGGGACCGAUGUACCAGGAACUGGCCGCAGCCAAGGAGCGACAAAGCGGCUCACUCCUCCGCUCCCGAGGGUUCGGCUCCACCACUCACAAGAGUGACAUGCCAUACGUGGAGUAUACUCGAGGUGACAGUGAUGAGAAGAAAGAUGAAGAAAAGAAUGAGGAACCUGAGGAACAACCAGCGGUCCCAGCCCGGUCCGUCGCCAGGAAGAGCACUGCCAAGAAAGUACCAGACCCACCGGUCAUCUCUAAUAUCCCGUACUCGAAACCUCUGGUCAAUCAUGUUCCUCAGGGGAGCAUCACGCAACGUAAACUGAACAGCACGUGUAGCCCCAUACAGUUCCGACCCCAUCAGUGCAAUGAGGCCUGUGUCAGGUGGACUGACUACUCGCCGGCUGCUGCCAAGAAGUACGACCCGCUUAUUAAACCCCUCAUGUUUGGAUUUUCCAGAUUGAGCGUGAACUACAGAGGCAAGAGUACGAUCAUGUACAGGGCCCCAUGCGGCCGCACGAUACGCAGCCCACAGGAGAUGCUGUGCUACUUGCAGGGCACCAAGAGCGCACUGACCAUCGACUUGUUCGACUUUGACUUCUGGGUCAACCCACUUACCAAAUUCGAGGAGGGCAGUACAUUUGGACGGAUCGAGGACCUGUCCUAUGGGAAAGAAAACGUCCCAAUAUCCUGUGUGAACGAGCUAGACCACUGCAUGCCUCAGUAUGUACAAUACAUGACCGCCCGAGAACCUGCCAAGGAUGUGAACCUCAACCUUGAUCCUGAGUUCCUUGUUGGCUGCGACUGUAAGGACGACUGUGAGGACAGGUCCAAGUGCAGUUGUUGGCAGCUGACAAUGCAAGGCAAGGCAUAUAUACCAGAUGGAGACUUGGAUCCUCUGUUCGGCUACCAGUAUCGCAGACUGCCCGAGCGGAUAGCCACCGGCAUUUAUGAGUGUAAUUCGAAGUGCAAGUGCUCCGCUACGUGCCAGAAUCGUGUGGCCCAGCAGCCUCUGUCGUGUCGCCUUCAACUGUUCAAAACACCUAAGAAGGGCUGGGGCAUCCGUUGCCUCCACGACAUCCCACGUGGAGCAUUCAUAUGUAUCUAUGCAGGGUUUCUGCUCACCGAGCAAGAAGCCAACGAGGGCGGUAAAACUUAUGGAGAUGAGUACUUAGCAGAGUUGGAUUACAUUGAAUCUGUAGAGAAUCUCAAAGAAGGCUACGAGACAGAAGCUAGAGAACCUUCCGAUGGGGAGGAUGAAGAUAGCUCGAGGGCAGCGAUGGACGUAGAGUACGAGCAAGAGCAACAAAGUGGAGACUCGGACUUAGAUGUGAGCGGGGCUGACAGACAUGAGAAUAUCAGGUUGCGGCUAAGGCGUAGAACUACGGAGGAUGGAGAGAAAGAAUCAUCACGGAAGUCAAGAGGAGAUGAUGAUGCCAUCUCCAUAAGUGAUGAAGAGGCAGAUUCUGAUGCAUUUUACUACACGGUGUCACCGUUUUCUGAAAAAGUUCGCAAGCCGCAGAUGUUUAACGCAAGUAUCAUGGAGAAUGACGAACACGAAUCCAAGUACCCAUCAGUCCGAGAUAUGUAUGGUGACGAUGAAAACGUUUACAUCAUGGAUGCCAAAACACAUGGAAACAUCGGCAGAUACCUGAAUCACUCUUGUAGCCCAAAUGUUUUCGUCCAGAAUGUGUUCGUUGACACACACGACUUGCGGUUCCCAUGGGUGGCGUUCUUCGCCAAUCAAUACAUCCCAGCGGGUACCGAGCUCACCUGGGACUACAACUACGACGUGGGCAGCGUUCCGGGCAAGGUCAUGUUGUGUUACUGCAACAGCAACAACUGCCGUGGUCGUCUUCUGUGAACUCACUGCCUGGUGUUUCUGUCAAUUAUUGACUUGUCCAGUUAUUAUUGGUUUAACCACCAUCGUU